UUCUCGGAGCAGCGCGGCGGAGAAGGACGAGGAAGAAGAGGAGGCGCAGCAGGAGGAUUGUGUCGCUUAAUGAACGUUUUGCAUGUGCAAACAUCACCGUGGAGGUGAAGUGCUGCUGAGUCGGCAGCCGCAUUUCUGCAGGAGGAGGUGCAACGAUGAAGAUGCACAAGAAAGUCGCGCGAGGAAAUGGUCAAAAUGGCAGCGGAGUGACGUGUUAAAUGCUUCUCGGCGCUUGCAGAGGAACGCCAAGCCGAGAUCACCCCCCUUCCUCUCCGGGGCCACGAGGAAAAGCCACCGAGAUAAUGUCUACUUAACAUGCAUUCCAGCAAAUAGACGGCACCCGAGCCCCCGCCACUCCUCCGCCCCACACAUUGAUGGAAUGCGACCCGAGUGACUUCCAGACCCACUCAUCGCCCACCGUGACAUGGCCGAGGCCAGCGAGCCGAACGUGGAGAUCGACCCGGACUUCGAGCCCCAGAAGCGGCCGCGCUCUUGCACUUGGCCGCUGCCCCGUCCGGAGCUCGGCGCUGCGGGUAAACCCGGGGCGAACGACGCUGAUGUCAUCCCCGAAGAAGAUGAUGACGACGAGGAGGGAGGAGGGGGAGGUGAACCCCGGGAGACCACCGGGGCUCUCACGCCGAGCUCACUCACUCCCUCCGGCCUCCAGCUCGCUUCGCAGCCCCGCAGCGAGGAGGCCGCGGACGGCUCGCCGUCCUCGGCUCAACUGGCGACGGCAGCGGCCGCCCCAGCAUCGCAACAGCUGCGGAAGUCGUCGGCCCGCCGGAACGCCUGGGGCAACUACUCGUACGCGGACCUCAUCACGCAGGCCAUCGAGUCGUCGCCCGAGAAGAGGCUCACCUUGUCGCAGAUCUACGAUUGGAUGGUCCGCUCCGUGCCCUACUUCAAGGACAAGGGAGACAGCAACAGCUCGGCCGGAUGGAAGAAUUCCAUCCGGCACAAUCUGUCCCUGCAUAGCCGCUUCGUGAAGGUCCAGAACGAAGGGACGGGGAAGAGUUCGUGGUGGAUGGUCAACCCGGACGGCGGCAAAGGCGGCAAGGCGCCGCGUCGGCGCGCCGUCUCUAUGGACAACAGCAAGUACAUCAAAGGCGCUCGAGGCCGCGCCACCAAGAAGAAAGCCUCGCUGCAGGCCGCCCAGGAAGGCAGCUCUGAGAGCUCGUCCAGCCUUUCCAAGUGGACGGGCAGCCCCACGUCGCGCAGCAGCGACGAGCUGGACGCCUGGACCGACUUUCGCUCACGCACCAACUCCAACGCGAGCACGCUGAGCGGCCGCCUGUCACCCAUCCUGGCCAACCUGGAACUGGACGAGGUGCCCGUGGACGACUCGCCGCUGUCCCCCAUGCUGUACUCCAGCCCGAGCAGCGUGUCGCCGUCCGCGGGGCCCGCCGGCCUCACUGACCUGGCGGGCACCAUGAACCUCAACGACGGGUUGUCUGACAACCUGAUGGACGACCUGCUAAACAACAUUGGCAUGACGACGUCCCAGCAGCCUCCUCCCGCCGAGGACGAGGACGACGGCGACAAAGGCCAGGGGGGCGCCGUCUUCACCUUUGGCAGUCCUGUCGGCGGCUACGUCCCCAAUCCGCUUUUCAGCCCGUCGUCCAUCACCAGCCUGCGCCAGUCGCCCAUGCAGACCAUCCAGGAGAACAAGCAGACCACCUUCUCCUGUGCGGCACACCUGACCCUGCAGGAUCUCCUCAGCCUGGACUCGGGCAACGUCCUGCUCACCCAGUCUGACCCGCUCAUGUCGCAGGCCAGCACCGCCGUGGCCCUGCAGAACUCCCGCCGCAACACACUGCUUCUGCGCAAAGACCACGUCUCCCCCGCCAACCACGCCACCGUUCAGGCACAAAAUCCGUCUGUUCCUGGUGGAAAUGGCCUCAAGUCUCCCGGCAAGAGAUCCCCAGCCUUGCCCGGCCAGGACCGCUUCCCCGCCGCUGACCUGGACCUGGAGGUGUUCAAUGGCGCCCUGGAGUGUGACAUGGACUCAAUCAUCCGCAACGAGCUGAUGGAGGCCGACUGCCUGGACCUCAGCUUUGACGCCGCCCACAACGCCAACGUCACCCCGGGGGGCUUCAAGCAGACGUCGGCGCAGAGCUGGGUCCAGAGCUGAGGGGCUCAGAAUGCGUCGGGAACGAGACUCCACUAGCGGGAAAAGAAAGCGUGUUCAAGUGUAUUGAUCGUAUUAUUUUCCCAUCCUAUUUAAUUUGAGGUGUGACAAUAAAGAAACAAGACUCAAUGCGUUAAGCAGCAACAGAUGUGUGAAUGUGCACUGCACAUCAAAUCGACCAGCUAAUUUGCCUGCUUCAGAGUUAAGUCUGACCUGGCUCCUAUGUAAUUUGAGGUGUGACAAAGAAACGAGACUAUGAUUCUUUUUUUACGACAACUGACCGCUAUAACGUUAAUCGCUUCAGUUUUCUUUCGUAUGGUACAGUGCUGCUGUCUGGAGCCCCUUUCACACUGGCCACUGAAGCCGGAUUUUCCGGUGUGUGAAAGGAUGGAGGGGAGCGCCGUUGGAAGCGCUGAGGGUUGAAGUCAACCAGAGGUCGUAUCGGAGACAUAACAGAGGCUAGCGUGUGAAAUGUAACACCUGAGACUCACAGCCCAUGCCCCUUAUGCGUUGAAAGCAAUUGUCUGAUCUCAAUCGGAAUCCAGCAGUUGUACACUAAGGACAUAGCGAGUUCUGUUUGAAACUCUGCCAAUAAGGCCGCUGAUGCGCCAAUUUACCAGGAAUAAAUUGUGAAAGGCUCAGUGUGUUGAAAGCAGUUGUCACUGUCCCAGUCGCUAGCCAUAUACCAAAUUAUCUGCCUUGGAGAAGCCACAACAGUUUCCAGCUUUCUGGUGGUAUUGUAGGAAAACCGCGACCCGAGACUCACUGCCUAAGCUCCUUUGCGUCGAAAGCAAUUAUUGCUGUCAAAGAUGCUACCCACGCAGCUAAUCAUCUGACUGCGAAGCUGCAAAAGCUGCGUGGACAUACACUAUGUGGACACGGCCAGUUUGAAAGGCACAGGCAGAUAAAUAGAGGCUCCGCCAUUAACGGCUCUGAUGCGGCAAUUCACAAGGAAGGCAGUGUGAAAGGGGCUACAGGUUAUUCAAGCUGGAUUUUUCCAGCUCAUUGUCCUGUGUGUUAAGGUACCGAUGAAGGAGGAGUUGAAGUCCAAUCCAAGUAAAUUUUGCUCUUCAGCGAGUUCUGUCUGCAAGGCGAAGGCUCUACCAUUUACACUACUGGGGUGCUGGUUUACUGUAUAUAAGCCAGUUUUUCUCGCUGCUUUUUCCCCAAUCGCUGCCCUGUAAGUAAGGUACCGACGUGGGAUGAAGGGGGUUGAAGUUGACCCGAGUAUUAGCCUGCUUCCAAGGCAAUAUUGGAAGCGAAACGCCAACCGCCAAUGCCGCUAACGCAGCAGUUUGCCAGGAACGCUUCAACCAACCUGGAAUUAAGCCAAUACGAUAGCAGAACACCAAUCGGUGCAGCGUUGUCAGCGUGGCUGCAGCAGUCUUGUUUCUUUACUGUCACAGUCUUGUUUCUUUACGGUAUUGUUCUCUGAAGUCUUUACACGCACACACACAAAAACAUCAAAUGAACCUGAGUGAUUUGUACAACAGUAUCAUACUGGAACAGGAACAAAAAAGUUGCGUUUGUCUCAGGGAAGAUUAUUACGUUUUCUCGCGUCGACAUUUUUGCCAAACCAGGACCGAGACCCCGUUUACACAGAAAAUAAAUAAAUAAAGGAGGAUACUUGACAUCUUUUUAUUUAUUUUUUUUGUCUUCGAUGAGAGAAAAGUUGAUGCACCCCAAAUAUCAACAUGUACAGCUAAUACAUGAAACGAGCGGUCACAUUGUGUGCUUUAUUUCUACGUGUUUUUUGGGGGGUUUGUUUGUGAUUAUUAGCAACAUCAUUGUGAAGUUGGAAGGUACGUCGCCCGACACUAUGGUGUCUGCCCCGUGGACCGCGGCCGUAACCAUCGUCCACUUCAGCGGAAUAUUGUUCGACGCGCUCGCCGAUGUGCGACGUUUAGCGUUAGUAACGCGGUUAGCGCAUUGUAGAUUGCAUUUACUCCACAAUUGAGAUUUCUGUCGCCCCGCCCCCUUGUCCCCACCUUGCCAACAACUUCACGCCGCAAUCAAUCAAGUGCCCAUAGAGAUCCCAUUACAUUAUCACUGGUGAAUGCAGCAUUUCAUCACCCAGCCACCGAAUUACAGUCGUCAAUUAAUGUAGCGGUGUGGCGCAUAACGUGGCCAAACACAAAUACACCCUCAGUCACCCUUACGUCCACAACGUUGUUUACCAAACAACAUAAACAUUACAGCAUUAUCAGAAGCUAAUGCUGCUAACACCGCAGCUCUGCUUACCUUUGGCUUAGACACGAUGGCGUUCGGCCAAAGUGGUCCACUGGAACUUUGGCCGGACGAUCCCAUUCUUUAAGGAAAUCUAUGUGGGGUGGUAACUGCUCAUUUCUGCCCCAUUGUAAUGUCACAGUGGGGCAGGAAUGCACAUUUUCAAAAAUAGAUAACUAAAGAUGGACUUUUUACAAACAUGAAUAAAAUAAACUGUGCCCACUUUUAAGCUACGUAAAAAAUGACUCUCGAUACGAUACAAUUACGAUUCACGUACAAUUAAGAUGCAAUACGAUGCGAGACCGUUCCUCGUUUACACACAAAAAGGAUGCAAUAAUUUAGUCAAAUGUUUGUCAUGAUGCUAUACCAAACACUCCAAGUUAGAUGCGAUUUGACGUACCAGGGUUUUUCCGAGACCGUUUUGUUUGGAUGCAAAAUUUGGUCGUUGAUCUGAGAUGAAACGAUUUUAAGUGACUGCCGCAUUGAUCGCUAGUGGUUAAUCUACAACAAUUAUCAUGACAAUGCGUAUGGAUUAUUUUGGAUUUCCAUAAUGAAGCCACACGAUAAUGUAUAGGAACUACAGCAAAAGCUCAGAGGUACAGUGCUUAACAAACAUUUUUGACCACACAUUUUACCAUUUUGAACAGAAAGCAUUUUAUUGCUUGUAAUAUCGUUUUUGCCACUUAUUCCCCAUGUUCAGUGCAGACCUCACUCUCGGACUUUUUUCAUGCUGAUUGACGGAUUUAUUCUCAGACUAUUCUGACUUUCUUCUUUUGGUAUUGCACCUUUAUUCCCAUCACAUCAUUAAGACCUACUAUUCUCGUAAAAGCUUUAUUCCACCCCCCCAAUGUUAAAUUCUUUUUUUUCUUGUAAAAUUGCACCUUGACUGCCAUAAUAUUACAACUAUAUUUUCGUGAAAUUAUGACUUACAACUUUUGGGUAAUAUCACACUUUUAUUCCACUAAUAUGGUUAAUUUUCCCACUUAAUGCACAAAUGUAUUCCCGGAAAAUUGCAACAAGAUAAAUUUUCACCCCCCCCCCCCCCUCCCCCAUGUAAUAUGGCAGCUUUCUUCUAUCACAUUGGCUUUAUUAUUGUAAUAUUUCAACUUUUUUCCCUCAGAAAAAAUGUCAACUUUUUCACGCAAUUUUAACAAUUUUUACUUUUUCCACGUUAUUUGACAACUUUAUUCGCAGCACUUUGUUCUUAUGAAUACGGCAACUUUUCCCAUGUAAAUUCAUGUCAUAAUAUUUAACCUUUAUACCAGUUACUUUCCGACUUUCAUGUUCACUUAAGACCAGUCUCAUAAAAGUUGGACUUUAUCAAAUGUCAUGUUUUUUUUUUAAAUAUACGAUAUUGCACCUUUAUUCCCAUAAAUUUACGAUUUUAUCUUUGUAAAAUGUUUUCCCACAUGGAUUUACAGUUUUAUUCUUGUAAUAUUAUAACAGCGUUGUCACAUAAACUUUGUAUGACUUUUCUUGCAAUAUUGAACUUUACAUUGGGUACUGGUCUAAUAUGUCUGUUAAGCGCUGUACGUCGAUCAAUAACUCAGACAUGGGUUUGGGUGAACUUCCUUCUGAACAAUAUGAGACAUUUACUAUAUUUGUUUAAUCCUGCGAUGCUGCUUCCCAUUUUGUCACUCGUGGAGAAAAUCGCCAAAAUAAUGCGAUGAGAUGAAUAGCCUACAGAGGACCGUUUGCAAUAUUUCCACUGUCGUUUUGGUGACUCUCGGUGCUAUAAAUAAGAAAAUAGAAGGGUGCGGUGUUAGCGAGCCACCGCCCACACUUUUGAUCAACACUAUAGCAGGUGCUGUCACCGUGUGACAGGAGCCAGUAUCUUCAGAGCCAUUCGUUCAUUCAUUUGAAGACCACAGUAUUUGAAAAUAUUGCCAAAUGUUUCUGCGCGCACACAGCUAGAAAUAGUGUCCAUAUAGUAGGAAGCAGAGCUAUAAUAAGGGCAAUUUAUUUUUUUAAAGAAGAGUUUUUUUUGGAAGACCAGGAUGCAUUUUUAAAAUGUUUUAUUUUGUGUUGAUUUGUAGGUUAAAAUCACCCCGUUCGUUCAAGCGCUCCCAUUACAGUGUCCACCAUUCAUGUGACGCCUUCUGUUUUUUUAACCCUUUUCAAGUUUAGCGCCAUUUCUAAUGACAAUAUUUUGAGUGUAAAUAAUUUUUGUGCACUGCCAUCCACCUGCUUUUCUUGCUGAUACAAGAACAAAAAAGGUGGCGUUUGCCAGCUUCUCAAGAAAUGGUGAAUGUAAAUAAAGCUUUGAGAGCCA